AUGGCAUCAUCUUCGUCCUCAUCGCCUGAAAUCUCUGCUGCGUCAGCAGCAACCGGAUCAUCGCAAUCUACAAUACAAUAUGCUCACCUCACUCGGGAGGAAGUACUAGAGGAGCUCUCAAGUCGCUUCAUUUUGAACCUACCAGGAGAGGAGCUGGCUUCCGUUGAACGAGUGUGCUUCCAAGUUGAACAAGCACAUUGGUACUAUGAAGACUUCAUUCGGGAACAAGCCCCAUCCAAGUUCCCUUCAUACACUUUGAAAACGUUUUCUGAAGUUUUGUUUCGUGUUUGCCCACCAUUGCAACACUGGGCGCAUGAUCACGAACGAGCUUACGAGUCCUUCAUGAAAUACAAGACAAGGGUGCCAGUAUGUGGGGCCAUCAUGCUGAACGACACUUGGGAAAAGUGCGUUCUUGUCAAAGGUUGGAAGUCAUCUGCCGGAUGGGGCUUCCCGAAAGGCAAGAUCAACGAGCAAGAGCCCCGAACCCGUUGUGCUGCACGAGAGGUGCUUGAAGAGACAGGUUACGAUCUCGAGGGACAAAUUGUCCCCGAAGACGUGAUUGAAUUGUCUAUCAAAGAGCAAUCAAUAUCCCUAUAUAUUGUGCCCGGAGUUCCGGAGGACUACCCUUUCAAGACUCGGACAAGGAAAGAGAUCAGUAAAAUUGCGUGGUUUAGAUUGUCGGACCUGCCUACCUGGAAGCGGAGCAAAUCCGUUCCAGGGAAGUUCUACCUUAUAUCUCCCUUCAUUGGACCUCUCAAAGCUUUCAUUAAUAGUCGAAAGCCCCGAAAUCUGCAGCGUCGUCCGCGCAGAUCGGACAGCAUGCAGAUAUACCAGGAACUUCAUCAAUCAAGCGAGGAGGACAGUAUGCCGAUCGAAUCGUGCCAAGCGGCAUCAAGUGACCUACACGCGCAGGAAUCCAGCUCUCAGUCGUCAUCUGCCGACAAUGGAGAGCCCCAAACGCCAUCACCUCAGUAUAGUGCACCCCUCGUCCACUACGAAGUUAAGCAACCUGUCAUACAAGCGGCCAGCGAUGCGGGAGACUCCCUGGAUCUUACGGGGGUGGACCCUCAUUUCGCUCGUUUGUUGUCUUCUUUGACCCUGUCAGCUUCCACAACUUCGGUCCCUGCAGACAGCAGACUCUCCAUCGAUCAGUCACAGUUGCCAUCAUCCUUUACCUCAAAGGAUGCUGCUCCGAGACCAAUGGCUGCAGCUGAAUCUUCCGGUCGUUCUUACGCGACGAAGGAGUCCUCUGUGGCUACUGGUCUCACGAACGGUUAUAGCUCAUCUGUUACCCCGAGCACUACUGUCUCGCCUCGAUCUCAAUCCCGCCCUCCCACAACGACGCCGAUGCGUUCGUCUGUCCAGCGUCUAUCAAAUUCAUCGCCACAGCCUCGCAUUGGAUCCUCAAGCUCGGCUGGUGACUACACGGUCGGUACAAUAUCGUCUGCAGUAGUAUCUUCGUCUCCGCGUUCCGGUGCGGCAGACAUGACCUCGUCCAAGCAGUCGCCCAAGCUCGCACGGCCGCGUCACGGAUCGAAGGCCUCUGCUGACAUCUCUCCAUAUCUCUCCCGUCCCCGAGAUAUAUCAAAGGAGAUGAAAUACAUCUCGAUGCUCGAGAAUGUGGCAAAGGAAUCGGACAAGAUUUCACACCAGCGCAUUCAUGCGUCCCCUUCCUACCAGUCAAUGCUCGUGUACCCCAUUGAACCACCGUCGGGGAUGCCGGGACCAUCUAUUUCUGUCCCUCCGGUAUCAUUGUACGGUCGCUUGGACUCUUCGCUGAUCUAUACGUCGGGGCCAACAACCUUGGAGACCUUCGCAUCCGGGGUGCCCCCUGUUCCACGACAGAUACCCCUUCAUGGUGCCCCUAUCUAUGACGAUCCGUUCACUGUAAGGCCGCGUACCAGUGCUGCCUUCCAUCCUCUCGUCUAUCCGCCUUCGUUCCGUCAACCCCUUGACGAGAGCAUCCGGCGUACGACCCCCGGGAUAGAGCAUGGCCAGAUGCCUCGACCCCUUAUGUCAGGCAACUAUCUUCCGCCAGGGUCGGUCCCCCAUUAUACUCAACCGAGCAGUGCUUUGCAUGCACAGCCGAUGGCGGGUGCGCCGGGGGUCACCCCUCUUCGCGUAGUCCCGCCACCCUUCCCAGCAGCAGUGUACGGCGAACAACCGCCGCUAUCCGCCCCCGCUAUAUCCCCCUCAUCUACCUUCGCCUUUCCUCCUAAUGCCCCGCGUCCUGCGAACAACGCUCAUUUGCUGUCUAUCUUAAACACUCCUAGCACUGCACACCGCACGGUCCCUGUGCAAGCCGGUCUGAUGAACGGUAUGGGUCCAAGAUGAUAUAUUUUUCCGUCUUUCGUAGUUGCAGUGCGUCUACUUAUCCAUGUAGCAUGAUUUCAGCCAUUUCUUCUUAUCGAUAAGUGACCAGUUGCUUGUGUCUUAACCUUCACUAUUGUUCGUCUCGUACUGUAGCCUGCCACUAGGCAGGUCUAGUAUCGGGAUUCGACUUUCGUAUCUCCCCCCCUCUCCCUCUUUCGUACAUUUUCGUGCGUCAUCCCACUUCUCCGUUAUCUCCGCCCCUCGCGUCCUGCGUUCCCUUCCAGCUAUGCCUGAUGAGACGUUCGGUCCCCACUACACAUCGUCCCGUCUGUCGCAGUUUUGAGACCCGCGCACUCCUCUUGUGUUUGUCACUCGCUUUCCCUGUCGAUGUCCGUUGUGCACGCCCGUUUGUAGUUUUGUAGCUUAGUGCUCAGAUGUCUACCCCGUAUCACUCAGUCGCAUAUCAUGGAUAAUGUAGUCAUCGUUCGCAGU